AUGAAAAACGAGCCGCCCAGACUCAACACGAUCCGCGAACCAAGACACUCCUCCUUCCAGAGCCCGCCGGACUUCCCGCGCCCGCACCGCCUGCACAUCUACAGCACCAAACACAACACACACAUAACGCUAACGAAACCGAACCGGAAUCCUAUAUUUGCAUUGUCGACGGGGAUCUUGCGGUUUAAGAAAGCGCAGAGGGGCACGUAUGACGCGGCUUAUCAAUUGGCGGUGUAUGCGCUGGGGCAGAUGCGGAAGUUGGGAUUGUUGGGGCCGGUGGGGAUGGUGGAGAGGGGAGGGGGAUAUGGAGGUGGGACUGCGAGGGGAGGAGAGGCAGGAGAAGGGGUCGGGGGAGAUGUGAUUACGAGUUUGGAAUUGGUGUUGAGGGAUUUUGGGCCUGGGAGGGAGGCUGCUACGAAGGUUUUGUUGGGGAGUGAGGGUGCGGUGGUCAGGGCGAGGUGUGUGAGGGUUAUGGAUGCGACGAGGUUGAAGUUUGGGGGGACGAGGGGGGAUAAUAAGAGGAGGAUUUAG